AUGGAAAAUAAUACAACUAUCAUGAGUAAUCAAAGUGAUUAUGAUGGUUGGGAAGAAGAUGGUCCAUCAUUUCAUACACGUAUUGCUUUUGCUUCUGCAUGGAUUAUUAUUGCUGUUGCUGGUAUUAUAGGUAAUAGUCUCGUGAUAUUUGUUGCUGUUCGAUUUCAAAAAUUGAACAAUGUUACAAAUUGUUUUAUUGUUAAUUUGGCUAUUACCGAUAUCGUCUUUUUGGCAUUUUGUAUGCCACUUCUAGUAGUUCAAUAUACAUUAGAUCAUUGGUUAUUCAAUGAAAUUUUUUGUAAACUUCUAAAUUUUAUUUCUUUCGUUAGUGUUCUUGUUACUGUUCUAACAUUAGUCGCGAUGACUCUUGAUCGCUAUAUUUAUGUCGUAAGACCAUUUGAAAAUUUAAAAUGGCGAAAACCUAAAACUGUAUUAUCAUUAAGCAUUAUCAUUUGGUUGAUUUCAUGUAUAUUUGCUUCACCAUUUUAUUAUCAGUAUGGUGUAAUACGUAAUUAUCAUUAUCAUCGGCAAUGUGUAUUACUUAGUGAUGAAAAUAUGCAAAAAUAUUUGUGUAUUUAUACAAUUACACUUUAUUAUUUUAUUCCAUUAAUAAUAAUAUUAAUAUCAUAUACUAAAUUACUUUGUUAUGUUUAUUCAAAAGAAAAUAAACUUCAUCCUAAAACAAAAUAUAAUAUUGUAAAAUGGUCAAAAAAACGUCGUGCUGUAACAAAAAUGGUUGCGAUUGUUACUCUUGCUUUUUCAGUUUGUUGGUUACCUAUAACAUUAUAUUUAAUGUCAGCAUAUAUAUUUCCACAAAAAACAGCAUUUCUUUAUUAUUUUAAAGUUAUUGCUAAUUCAUUUGCUUAUUUAAAUUCAGCUAUUAAUCCAAUUCUUUAUGCAUUUUUAAAUCGUAGUUUUCGUAAUAAUUGUGGAAGCCUUUUUCUUGAACCAACAUGUGCAUUACUUUUUCGUGAUAGUCACCGUCGAUCAGGUACACAAUCUCAACAACAACAACAACAACAACAACAGCAAGAACAACAAUCACGAAAGCAUCCAGUAUCAACACAAAUUGAUCGAUUUAGUUAUCAAUCAACGAAUCAACAAUCAUUAUCACCAACAAGAGAUAAAAAGAAGAAACAAGUAUUACAAAUAAAUAACGACCAACAAUUAUCACCAGAUAUUAUAAUACAUUAUGACUUUUCAGAUGUUGAUGGUGAAAUAUCUGAUGUUGAUGGUAGUAAUCAAAUUCCUAUUGAAAAUAAUUCAUCUAAAAACCAUAUUUAUAAAGGACAAUAUGAACCACUAUCAACAGAAGAAACUAAUGAUUCAAGUACAUUGACAACAACUGUUUGA